AUGAUUGUUACAAAGCAUACUCUUCGACUUCUAGUCGGAGUAUUAGUCAUUUAUUGCUGUAUUGAAACCACUGUCGGUGGAUCAAUUCGUGGUGUAUUGAAUCAGGACGAACCGACUCCUUAUACAACGUUAUCUCCAAGUCAGACCGAGCAGAGCAGCGAUCCCACAAUGUCCGAUACUACUGUCUCGCCAACAACAGUAAAGAAACACCAUCUUCCUACAAGUAUAAUGCCGCAUAAGAGAACAACGACAACUACUACAACUACAGAAAUUCCUUCAUAG